GGGUUUCAUCAGUUCUUCAAUCUGCAAUAGAAAAAUAUCGUUUCUCAACUUUUACAUUUUCUGCCCUUUAAUCCUAACCCUAAACAGGUGCAGAGAUCGUCAGUCUUGCUCCCGUGAAAUUGUUAAACAGUUCCAGUGUGCUGGUUCUUGGCUACUUCUGCUAAACUUGAAUCUUAUGGAGAUUGAUGAUACUAAGGAAAAUAAUGGAAGCACGCCUAGACGAAGAGAAAAUAGUCUUCAUCUCAGUCCUGUUUUGCCAGAGGCAUCUGGGUUUGGGUUGCCGUAUGCUCCAGUGGAUUGGCCUAAGAAGGGUGACAUAUGGGCUUGGAAAGUGGGAAGGAGAGUAGCCAUUACUGGCCAUUUCUUAGAUAGGUAUUUGUAUCCUCCAAAGCGCCUCCAAAAGCUUGUGGACUCAGGCAGGAAACGUGGUCUUGCUAGCAAGCUUUCAGUUGAGCGGUAUGUCAAAUUGGCAUUCCCUGAUGCAGAUAUUAAUGCUUUUUUUGCUUCAUUCAGCUGGAAAAUCCCUGCAAUGAAACAUUCUUUGACAAACGUUGCACGGGCUUUCUUUGCUGCCCCUCCUGAUGAGAGAGCUGAAGUUUUGGUGUCUGACCCCCAGUCUGAUGGUUUGGCGUGCAAGGCUGGAAACAAAAAGUGCAACAGUUUAUUUGCUGAAGCAGAAUGCCCUUCUUUGGUUCCCUUGCCUUGUGAUCUUUGCUGCAAUGAACCUCGUUUCUGCCGUGAUUGUUGCUGUAUUUUGUGUAGCAAGACUAUAGACUUGAAACAUGGAGGUUACAGUUAUAUCAAAUGUGAAGCAAUGGUGAAUGGGUAUAUAUGUGGGCAUGUUGCCCAUCUAAACUGUGCUCUUCGAUCUUACAUGGCUGGGACAGUUGGAGGUAGCAUUGGGUUGGAUGCUGAGUACUAUUGCCGACGUUGUGAUACAAAAACAUUUCUGGUUCCACAUGUGACAACACUUUUAAAAACUUGUGAAUCCAUAGAUUCCCGCGAUGAGAUUGAGAAGAUUCUGAACAUUGCUGUCUGCAUUUUACGUGGUUCGCAGAAGAGCAAUGCAAAGGGCUUACUGAACCGUAUUGAGUCAGCUAUCAAAGAGCUUAAAUGUGGGACAUCUCUUGAAGAUAUCUGGAAAGUGAAAGAAACUGAUACCGUUAUGUCAACAGAUAUCUUCCAUAAUGGAAAUGGAGAGCUUGGACCAACAAAUCAUCAGGACUUGGUAGAUGAUAAAUCAUGUUUGGAGGCGGUUUUAUCAGUAUCUUCUGAUUAUCGCAGUGAAUACUUGAAAAUUGAAUGCGAGAUUGAUCAAGUUCUUCAGUCUCUGAGAAAGGCACAGGAGUCGGAAUACAAAAUUGCAGAAGAACAGCUUUGUUCUCAGAAGGUUUACCUUCGCCAUCUUUAUCAGCAACUGGAGAAGGAGAGAUCUGAACUACCAGAUCGAUCAUCUGGAAAUGAAGCAGAUGCAUCGUUGAAUGCUGUCUUGAGCAGAGUCAAUCAGAUAAAAUACGAAGUUAUGAGACUGAAAGAAAUGGAAGAAGUGGCCAAUGGAUUCGGAAGAACUCCUAAAGGUGUCCUGAAGGAAUAUUUUGGUUUGGAAAUCGAGGACUAAAGCCGUCUCCAUUACAAUGGGUUAAUUCCUCUGAAUUUUGAUGGUAACCCAUCCUUUGAACUGAUUCCAUUACAUCCGUGACCGUGAACUUGCAUAAUGUAAAAAAGGUCACUGUGCACCCAAAGAAGUCAAGAGUUGUCUAGGGAAGACAUAUGAAGGCUGCUAAAAAGGGAACAUAGUAUUAUAGAAGUCAGAUACAUUGUUGAUAGUGUUGUCAUUUUUCUCCAUGUGUACUAUAUUUCAUAGCUUGCUAAAGGAAUUUAGAUAGGGAAAAUUCAUUACGAUACUCAAACCGUUAGUAGAAAGCAAGUUGGUAUCACUUGGUUUGUCGGCUCGGGUUUGUGCUGUUUCCGCAGUCAGAGAUUGUGGUAUGAUUUAAUAGCCCGGAUUUUGUGAAAAGAAGCUAUGGAAAAAUCAUGUUAAGUGGGAGCAAGUCGUCUGCCAUUGUACUCUGAUAGAAUGUAAUUCCUUUUCAUACUAAUUUCUCUUUUUAUUUCAUCGGAAAAAGAA